AUGCUGGGCGCUGCUAACAACUACGACUACGGUUUCGAGGCCUCCUUGGCUUGUGAAGUGCUCGACGCUGAUGGCAAACCAGUGAACAAAGUGGUGGAGGAUAAUUACUCUAGAGAUAUUACCCGAUGCUUCCAAAAAACCAUCAAGGUGCUAACCUCAGCAGUGGGCACUCUGAUUCUCCUCUGCCUCUACCUUAUCGCAGGAGCGUGUCUUUUCCGGUAUCUUGAGCAAGGGAAUGAGUUGGAGGCCUGCUAUUCAACGUACGCACUAUACAGGGAGAAGUUAAACACCUCGGUUCUACGAGCCACGGGCAUCGUAAACUCGGGCCUGUCGAAGGACGUGGUGGCUAUGCAGUUGGAGAACUCACUAAUCGAUUUUGCGGAGGCGCUGUUUGCUCUCGACUUCCCGCCCAGUCGCAACUGUUCUAAUAUCCUUGAACCAUUCGGAUCCAAGUGGAACUGGGUCAAUGCACUCUACUUCUGCGCCACUGUUGUCACUACCAUUGGCUACGGCCACGUGGCUCCAACAACCCAAUGGGGUCGACUGGUGUGCGUGUUCUACUGCAUUCUGGGCAUUCCUCUGCUGCUCAUCUACCUGGGCAGCAUCGGUCAGAUGCUGGCCUACCUAUUCCGCCUCACCUAUAUGAACAUCUGCUGUUGUCGCUGUUUCCGCGAUACCUGGAUUCGGCGUCGCAACAAACGCCAUCUGCGACUCAUUCGGCUGCAGGAAGAUCUGCGUCGGCACAUGGAGUUGCAGGCUAAACUUCGUGGUGAACCGAUACCACCGCCCAGGAUGACUCCAAUGGUAUUUGACGAUGACUCAGAUGAAGACGAUGAAGUGCGGGAGAUUUAUCGCGAGUUUCAAGACACCGAAGAUGCUGGGAUUCCGAUCACCAUUGUAAUGCUGGUCAUCCUGGGCUACGUGACAGUUGGCGCCCUCCUAUUCCACAUCUGGGAAACCGACUGGACUCCUAUCGAUGGUGCCUAUUUUGCUGUCAUCACCAUUUCCACCAUCGGUUUCGGUGACCUUGUUCCCGGAAACGGUCGUUUCGACAAGCCGGAGACGAUCACAGAACUACUAGUGGGAGCACUCUACUGCGUAGUGGGCCUGGCUCUCCUCUCAAUGUGUUUUGAGUUGAUGAAAGAGGAGUUCGUGGACAAAGUACAAUGGAUCGGGCAGUCGCUGCGUAUUGUGAGUCGGGAGGGCGAUAAUAAGAAGGGGGAGAUUGACGAGGAGACAUCUGGGGCGAGGAACUUCAGGGAUGACGCAAAGGAUGCUUCAGACCACACCAUCUCUACUUUUGCCAACAGCGAAAUGCCAGAUGGGAUGGAAGCUACCACAAGCUCCUUGAAGAGCCGUCGUGAUAGCCGCCGUCACUCAGGUAACCUUUUACGUCCCGCAUCGUCGCAGCUAAGAAAACCCGUCUGCGUGUUGCGCUCGCGUUCUGAACACUGUUCAUUACGUUCAAGAUCAUUGAAGCAGCAUCAUCAGCUGAGCAGACCUACCUCCAUAAAUAGUGCAAAAAAGGACGAAAAAACCGCCAGUGGUGCUGAUGAUUAUAAGGACUUUGAAAUGGAUACGGGUGGUGAAGAUAACGACGCCUUUGGAGGCGAUAUGACUGCGGAGGAGGAUGAGGGGGAGAACGAAGUUUUGACGAGGGACUAG